AAACAAGGCCAAAGGCUGACAUGGCAAAAGAAAACAGGCAAUUAGAUGCCCUUAUCCAUCUCUCUGUCUGUCAAAGGACCCCUUUUACAGCCUGGGCAGAGAAGAGAGAAAAGCUUCCGCAGCAGCUUAAAUCCAAAGUUUGAAGCUUUCAUUCUAAGUCAAAACUGGGUUCACCCCAAUAUCAGCAUCAAUGUCUUGCAUUUGUAGCAUUAACUCAAUCUCUUCUUUCUCUGCUCUCUCCUCUUCUCCAAGAAAAUCAAUACCUAAGCCUCCAAUUGUCCACUGCUCCCUUCCAGGGACGGUGGCGGAACCAAAGACUGCUUCCGUGGCUGAACCCUUGUUGCUUAAUGCUGUUAGAGGAGAAAAUGUUGAAAGACCCCCAGUUUGGCUUAUGAGGCAAGCAGGGAGGUACAUGAAGAGUUACCAAACCAUUUGCGAGAAGUAUCCUUCGUUUCGUGAAAGAUCAGAAAAUGUUGAUCUUGUGGUAGAAAUUUCUCUACAGCCUUGGAAUGUUUUUAAGCCAGAUGGGGUCAUUUUAUUCUCAGACAUUCUUACUCCACUUUCUGGGAUGAAUAUACCUUUUGACAUUGUGAAAGGUAAAGGCCCUGUUAUAUUCAAUCCUUUACACACGGCUGCAGAUGUUGAUCAAGUAAGAGAAUUUGUUCCUGAAGAGUCAGUUCCAUAUGUUGGGAAAUCGUUGACAAUCCUUCGAAAAGAGGUCCAGCUUAGUGUGUUUCUCUUUCAAUUUUCUACGUUGAAAGUAGAUAAUAAGGCUGCAGUGCUUGGUUUCGUUGGGGCUCCUUUUACCCUGGCAUCAUAUGUUGUUGAAGGUGGCUCAUCAAAGCACUUUUCAAAAAUAAAAAGAUUAGCUUUCUCUGAGCCCAAGGUACUUCAUACAUUGCUUCAAAAAUUUGCUACUUCAAUGGCAAAAUACAUUCAAUAUCAAGCUAAAAAUGGGGCUCAAGCUGUUCAAAUCUUUGACUCAUGGGCCACAGAACUUAGCCCUGUUGAUUUUGAGGAGUUCAGUCUUCCAUACUUGAAGCAGAUUGUGGACACUGUUAGAAAAACACAUCCAAAUCUCCCUCUAAUCCUCUAUGCAAGUGGAUCUGGGGGCUUGCUUGAGAGGCUAGCUUUGACGGGUGUGGAUGUAGUUAGCUUGGAUUGGACAGUGGAUAUGGCUGAAGGUAGGAGGCGAUUGGGACCCAAUUUGGCAGUUCAGGGAAAUGUGGAUCCUGGUGUUCUUUUUGGCUCAAAGGAAUUUAUCACUAAUCGGAUAAAUGAUGUUGUGAGAAAAGCUGGUAAAGGAAAACACAUAUUGAAUCUUGGUCAUGGAAUUAUAGUAGGCACACCAGAGGAAAAUGUUGCUCAUUUUUUUGAGGUUGCCAAAGGAAUCAGAUACUAAAUGUGGACAAUAGUUAGUUGAUUUUCUGAUAAAUGAUGUUUAUGUAUUCUUGGUUUCUUUUCUCUUUCUUCAACUGAAAUUGAUACUGUUCCAUGACAUUUUAGUGGUGCAAUUCCUCAGCAUCCACUGGUUGAGUUUUUUUUUUUUUUUUCAAUGAUUUUAGUCAUUUUAUCAAUCCA